AAACAAGAAUAUGGAAACAGCCAAAGAAAUAAUUACAAAACUCAAACUAGAAAAUAAUGCCCCUGCUGGAAGAACAUGGUGCAGACCAACUGGAAUCAUCAGAUCCAGUGCAGCUCAGUAGUGGGACUUUCUUAUCAGCUGCCGUCAGAGCUCAAAGAAGAAAAAGAAGAAGCCAGCCCGUCAGCUACAACAGCAAACCCAAGGACCCGGACGCCUGAAGCAGCAGGGCAACACAUUUGCAAUGCAGUGUGGUGGAGUGGGCCUGAUGGCCGGUGCGGGACUGGGUCCGGCUGCGUUCAUCCCUGUUGCUGUUGUUGGUGGAGCUGCACUUGUAUAUGGUGCAUGUAAGGUUAUUGACAAGGCAGCAGAUGUUGCAUGUAAGGUUAUUGACGAGGCAGCAGAUGUUGUGGCAAAGGAAGUGGUGAACCUUACAAAUGAUGUGAUGGGACGUUGCUGCAAAAAUCUGUCAUCAGAAAGUGGGAAGUCGUUCCAACAGCAGCAGCAAGAUGGAGAUUUGGAUUCAUCUGAAGUGGAAAACAUGCUCUUUCUUGGACAAACUGGCACAUAUGCAUUUGUCAAACGUAAUCUUAGGGAAUUCUCCAAAGGUGAAGAUGGGGAUAAAGGCCUUGUUGAGGCAGAUCAUAUCCCACCACUGGAGUCUAUCAGGAGGGCAGCAGAGCAGCCCGGGUUUCAGAGUCUCCAUCGUGCCAAUCGAGGUCUUUACAACAUGGUGAUGAGCUUGAGAGCCGACCCACGUGGAGAAAACCUGUUCACCGUCCAGGUGGCCAGACAUCACCACAGGGAUGCCCUGUCCACUGGUGCGAGCAGGGCGUCUCGAGAAGCACGGCUCCUGCUGUCACGCAGUAUUGCCAGGGGAGACGCGCUGGUGAUGCUCAAACAGGCAUUUAUCAUCGCUCAUCCUUAUGCCUCCCAGCAAAUCAGAGACGAUGCAGCGCUUGGCAACAGAUCACACGAAAGGAGAGUUUUUAUUUCCAGGGACAGAACAAUGAGAAUCUACACCACAGCCUUCCACAGCCUGCUUGUAAAGUACAGGGAGCUGGACAUCAUCAACGACGCAGAAUUUAAACACCUCAUUGAAUAUGUGAACAAUUGUGGAUAUCUUGACAGACGUUCUCCUGAGUAUAUUGACAUACUUGACAUUGUCAAGCGCUAUGGUAAACCUCAAAACUAGAAUUUAUCCACUGGCCAAAGUAGGGGACAAGUAGUGAGGACAAAAUGCUUUUUUUUUCUUCCUGUUUAUUUUGCAAUAAGUUUGAUAACUGAUUUAGCCGCUUCCCAUGUUGUAGUGUACUUUAAAAAUCCCUGUUGUGCUGGCAACACAGUAAAGACACCUAUUUCAGUAUUGUUUCUGUACAUAUUGUUUCUUUUGGUUGCACACUUCAGGCUACUUGUCAAACUUAAGAAUUUCCACCAGGCAGAAACAGGAUCCCAGAGGACAGUUCCAUCGAGUGUGUUUUCACAUCAGGUUUUGGCAUGUCCAUGCUCAGAAAAGAAGUUCUGAGACAGACAUGUUGAUGACAUUUGGCAUUAAUUUUACUUGUAAGCGCCCUGCUGCCCCCCGCUGGACAUGUAUUUAUUUUGUUAUUGCUUGCAAUGUGAAUGCGUCACAGGCUAAAUAAAACUUUCUACUUCUC